AUGAGGUUCGGCGUGAGAAGCACAGUAGAGCGCCUCGACAGGCCAAGCGCAUACUACCACAGCAGGAACAAGCGCAGAAGAACCGACCACCGCGAUGACGAAGAAUCCAAGCCCGAACCUCCCGCAGAGGAUCCCCUUGCCCACGCGACGACGCUUUACGUCGGCAACCUCUCCUUCUACACGACCGAGGAGCAGGUUUACGAGCUCUUCUCCAAGUGCGGCGAGAUCAAGCGCCUCGUAAUGGGACUGGACCGUUUCAACAAGACCCCCUGCGGUUUCUGCUUUGUCGAGUACUACACCCACCAAGACGCCCUCGACUGUAUGAAAUACAUUGGCGGCACCAAGCUCGACGAGCGUGUCAUUCGGACAGACCUCGACCCAGGCUUCGAGGAGGGACGGCAGUACGGUCGCGGAAAGAGCGGCGGACAGGUGCGCGACGAGUAUCGCGAGGACUACGACGAGGGACGUGGUGGCUUGGGAAGGGCGGUUCAGUCCGACAGGGAGCGCGGCGGCGAGUAUGACGAAGGGCGUUAG